CGCAAAUACUUUUCAAAACCAAUCUUCUUGCCGAGUAGCUUGAUCUUUUGUCGUCGAGAAGCACUCGGUCGGCUCGGAGGCGCUACGCUCUCAAGUGAUUGAGCACCUCGCAUGCUGAGUGCCUGUCCCUCCUUGCAAUACAGCUCGGCGUGUAGCGAGACUAUCCUCUACAAUUGAGCUGUACAGCUACAUUUGAUCAAACAAGACUCCCACGCGGCGCUGUCGGCUGACUUUGCCGCGAGUGUUUGUUUUCUGGGACAUCGGCAUGAAUCGGCCGGGACUCAGAUUCGUCUUCCUGUGCAUGUUGAUUAUUGGAUGGCUGAUAGUGCUCAAACUUUAUCAAUUCAACGGCCGAGGCUAUGCGAUCAAUAAAGAUCUGCAAUCACCAAAUGAUGCUCCACAUGCGUCAGCAGAGGAGGCCACAAAGGCACUGAUGCAAGAGACUGCCAAGCUGUCUCACGCUAGCAGUGUUGUGCACUCCAAAUCUCCACCUCAAGAAGAAGCGAGCGUCGUACCAGAACGACCAGAAUCUCAAGGAGACAAACCUUCACAAGAAAAUCCAGAUCUUGCUCACCAAGAGCUGACAGUCGAUGAUAUUGCCGUGAUCGUCCGCACAGGCUGGCAAGUACGCGACCGGAUCAACGGCUCUCUAUCGACCUACUUGAAAGACCGCUCGCCGAAUACACUUGCAAUUUUUGCAGAUCGAGAGUUUGUUGUUCCUGGCUAUACUAUCCACGACGCCCUGAAGCCCUUUUUUGAGAGACUGUCCCAACACUUUGGCCAGUCAACGCAAAAGAAGCUCUACGACAAGAUUCAAGAGCUGGACGAUGGUGUGCUCAAAACCGUUCCAGGAGAACACAACGAUGGCUGGAAGCUCGACAUUUUGAAGCAGCCCAUGUCGGCAGAUUUGGGCUACCACAUGCUAAGCCAAAAGCGUUCCUUCAAAUGGUGGGUCAUCAUUGACGAUGACACCUAUUUACACUUCCCAUCGAUCAUACCAGCGCUUGCUGAAUUGGACCCAGCUGCCAAGCACUUCUUUGGAAUGCCAACCGGCUUCGACAAGGUCACCUAUGCGCAAGGUGGCAGUGGCAUUCUACUGAGUGAUGGUGCCAUGGAGCAACUCUUUGGUGAUCGAGAGUUCGCUGAUGCAAUGCACAUCAAGGGACUGGAGGCAGUCUACGGCGACUACAAUCUGGCCGCUCAUUUGUACGAGCGAUCUAUCUUUUUGGAUCAAUCUCUUGCAUUCAUGUUUCAUGAGCAUCCCCUGGCUGACAUCAAGUGGGCUAUUCGUGAUACUUGCGCACCAUUGUUUUCUGUCCACCACAUGCAGCCAUCAGCGAUGCGUUCUUUCUCAGAGUUGAUUAGAUUUCACGACCGACCAUUGCUCCUGUGGGAUCUGCUGAACGAAAUUGGCAUUACAGAUUUGGCCUAUAAAACAAACCACAGUUACAGUCUUGCAGAGACAGACUUACUGCCGAGUGCUCUUGGCAAGAUGUCGUCCAAGGAGAUGGAGCAGUCAAAGGGAAACCGCGUCAACGUGGUCAUCAUCGACCAUAGACACCAUGCCGAGUUUCAACCAAAGAUGUGUCAGCGCCUUUGCCAAAGCGGUCAAAUCAAAGCUCAGUGUGCGGCUUGGACGUUCAUCCCAGAAACGCGAGAGUGCCAUUUGUCAGACGAAAUAAUCCUCAACGUUGGCCAACCACGGAAUGAUGACUCUAUCACUGGAAUUUUGAUCAGCGUUGUUGCUGAGCACCAUCAUCGAAAGUGCCCUGAUAGUUGAUCGAUGCAUCGUGGAAAAUGAUAACGAUAUCUCAUAGAUGAAUACUAUUGCAGACCCU